AUGACCAUUUUGUAUUCCCUGUCGUGUUCCGGAAGCCACUUAGAAUUCCAGGGCAUGGAUGUAGAAUAUCGAUUAUCUACUCUAAAUGACCUUCAGGGCGAUGUAUUUAUAGAGACAUGGAAGUACAAUGCCCGCACUGCAAGACAUCGUGUUAUUACAGAAAUGACAGACACCAGCAAUCUAUCCCAGAGUCUACAGAUAGCAGUAAAUAAGCAUCUAGAAAACCGACUUGUAGACGAUCGACUUAAAUCAAAUGCCACUGAAUUGAGAGUCAUAGAACUUCUGAUGGUCGCUUCUCGCCGCCCUGCUGCUCACGGUCGCCUCGUUCCCUCGCUGCUGGUGGCGGUGGGCGUCGUCCUGCUGGCCCUGCAGCCGCUGAGGCCUUGGCAAAGGGUUCCAGUCAGCCGUAUCCAGGAGGCUUUCGCAGGCGGGGGCUUACCAACACCACUCUACGCAAAGUCAGCCCAGCUACCAACACCACUCUACGCAAAGUCAGCCCAGCUACCAACACCACUCUACGCAAAGUCAGCCCAGCUACCAACACCACUCUACGCAAAGCCAGCCCAGCUACCAACACCACUCUACGCAAAGACAGCCCAGCUACCAACACCACUCUACGCAAAGUCAGCCCAGCUACCAACACCACGCUACGCAAAGACAGCCCAGCUACCAACACCACUCUACAAAGUCAGCCCAGCUACCAACACCACUCUACGCAAAGUCAGCCCAGCUACCAACACCACUCUACGCAAAGCCAGCCCAGCUACCAACACCACUCUACGCACCACUAGCUACCAACACCACUAUGCCCCACCAAACCCAGCUACCAACACCACUAUGCCCCACCAAACCCAGCUACCAACACCACCCCACGCACCACCAAUCCAGCUAUUGCCAAUAUCUACCAAUAGGUCUACCUUAACCAUGGCGGGGAAAUGCCCAAAUGAAUUUUUAAAAAGGUACAUGUUUCCACGUCCUUAGAUCUGCGAAUGCUUCGAAACUUGUUAUCUCUGCCUGUCAGUCUCUCACGCAGGCGCGCGAACACACGCAUUCGCAGUUAACCAAUUUGUAAAUUAAUGUAAUUCUUAAACUAAUUCAUGGCACCAAAAUAAUGUGUAAGUGGUUGUAUUCUAAUAGAAUUGCAUUUGUAUACCAAUUAACAUUUAUGCACUGACAAUGUCUGCACAAAAUUUUAGACUGUGUAUAGUAAUGUAGUUAUAAUGAGUAAACAAACCUUAACAUUUUUCAUUUAUAUGUGACUCGACCCACUUAUUUUGCCCUCGUGUAUGUAUGCGUGGCAAUUAAUACAUCUACGCGUAUAAUCACAUAUCAAGCCUUCUUGCAA